UCAGAGUCACUGUCACAUCGCCAGACAAAGCACAUCAGCAACAUGGACACCAGCGGUAUCAUUCCUGACAUCAUCGAUGAGAAGCCAAAGGCCAAGGCAACCAUUUCCUUCCCCUCGGGUGCUCAGGUCGAUCUCGGCAAUGAGCUCACUCCCACACAAGUGAAGGAUCAGCCCACCAUUAGCUGGGAUGCCGAGGCUGGCGCCUUGUACACUCUGCUGAUGGUUAAUCCCGAUGCACCCAGCCGCGCCGAUCCCAAGCUCCGUGAGGUCCUUCACUGGGCUGUCAUCAACAUUCCCGGCAACAAGGUCGCCGAUGGUCAAGUGCUCGCUGAAUAUGUCGGCGCUGGUCCAGCAGAGGGCAGCGGUCUCCACCGUUUUGUCUUCCUGAUCUUCAAGCAGGGUGACAAGAUCCCCAGUGAGAAGUUCAUCUCCAAGACAACUCGCGAGGGUCGCCUCAACGUUAAGAUCCGUGACUACGUUUCCAAGUACAACUUUGGCGCACCCGUGGCCGGUAACUUCUUCCAGGCCCAAUAUGAUGCCUAUGUGCCCACCCUUCUCGCCCAGGUCAAAUAAAUCACUCUCUGUCCAAAUUAUAAACUAAUAAAUUUGUCAAUAAGCAAAAAU